ACAUUUUCUCAGCCCCGAAGGCAAACCAAAAUAAACCCUAUUUGAACAAAUCUUGCCAAGAAAACCCCAUGAUACGUUCGCCUUAGGGUCACCAAAUCUUGGCAAUGACCCAAAGGUACGCAACACACACAGUCUUCAAUGUCUUGCAUCUUUUUUUCAUUUAAUGGGUCCAUCUCCCUUGUCCCUACUUUGGUAUUUUCCUCCCUACUUCAGCACUUUGAUAAACUUAAUCCCCAACUGAGUGGCUGCUUUUUCUCUGAUGCAGCAAAAUAUGACUUGAGAGUCACGCGGCCCCUUAAAGAUUAACAGAACAACCCAGUUUCUUGCGACACCCUUAAGCCUGACUGAUUUGUUUGCGCCUGAGCUUUUGUGGGUUGCAAUCUCCUUCAGAUCCACAGAGUCUAAUAUUUGAGCUUCGGGAAUAUAUGGGCAAUGCACAUGACUGGAAGUAAAAUUGGAUGCGGAAAGUGACAUUUUUACUUUUGUUGAACUACAGCUGUCUUGCUCAGAGGAAGGGGUGUUAUCUAGAACAUCAGGUGAACCCCUAAAAGUUUAUUCUUAUGGGAGGAUAACUUAAAAAUAGUGCUUUUAUAUGUCUGGCUGUACUGUAUAUGCAAAUAUUCCAGAAUCCAAAGACAAAUCUGAAACACUUCUGGUCCCAGACAUUUUAGAAAAGGGAUACUCAGCCUGUGUGAACCAGUCUGGUGUAAUGGUUUGAGUGAUGAUGGACUAUGAAGGACAGAGUUUGAAUACCCAGCUUGGCCAUGGAAACCCACUGACAAGCCACACACUCUCAGCCUCGGAGGAUGGCCAUUGUAAACCCCCUCUGGAGAAAGUUGCCAAGAAAUGCCCACGAUACGUUCACCACCUUAGCGUCGCCCUAAAUCAGAAAUGACUGGAAGGCGCACAACAACAGAAACAACAUAUUCAACCUGUACUUGUUACAGAAGAGUAGAUUUUGAUUGAACACGAGAAGGAACUUCCCAAUGGUCACUUACCAUGGUCAAGGAGUCCUACAGCGCCAAUGGCGGCCUCACCGUUGUCAGCAACGGCUUCGCCAGCUCCCGGCCCGAUGGCGGAAGCAGCAGCGGAAGCGAGAGCUCCAAGGAGAGUUCACGGUGCUCCACGCCCGUCCUGGACAUCGAGCAACACGACCGUCUCCGCGAGAAGAUGCGUCGGCGGCAGGAGUCCGGGGACAAGUGGUUUUCCCUUGAGUUCUUCCCUCCACGGACCGCCAAUGGAGCCGUCAACCUCAUUUCCAGGUUUGACCGCAUGGGAGUGGGAGGCCCGCUCUUCAUCGACGUCACCUGGCACCCGGCUGGUGACCCGGGCUCUGAUAAGGAAACCUCCUCCAUGAUGAUGGCCAGCACGGCGCUCAACUACUGUGGCCUGGAAACCGUCCUCCACAUGACCUGCUGCAACCAGACCCGGGAGACCAUCACGGCACACUUACAGAAAGCCAAGCGGUUGGGGCUGAAGAAUAUCAUGGCGCUCCGUGGAGAUCCUAUUGGUGAAGAAUGGGAGGAGGAAGUCGGCGGAUUCAACUACGCCGUCGACCUGGUGAAGCACAUCCGUCACGAGUUUGAUGAUUAUUUUGAUAUCUGCGUGGCAGGCUAUCCCAAAGGACACCCCGAAGCAGAGAGUUAUACUGAUGAUUUGAAACAUCUGAAAGAGAAGGUAUCAGCCGGCGCCGAUUUCGUCGUGACGCAGCUCUUCUUCCGGGCAGAGACCUUUCUCGCAUUCUUGAGGGACUGCCAAGCCAUCGGUAUCACCUGCCCCAUCGUCCCUGGAAUAUUCCCCAUACAGGGAUACCAUUCCCUGCGACAGCUUGUAAAACUCUCCAAGCUGGAGGUCCCCCAGGAGAUCAAGGACGUCAUUGAACCCAUCAAGGACAACGACGCGGCCAUCAGGAACUACGGCAUCGAGCUGGCUGUCACCAUGUGCCGGGAGCUGCUGGACAGCGGCCUGGUCCACGGCCUCCAUAUUUACACCUUGAACCGGGAAGUGGCCAGCAUAGAGGUGCUCAAGCGCUUAGGCCUCUGGAAGGAGGAUCCAAGGCGUCCUUUGCCCUGGGCGGUCAGCGCUCACCCCAAGCGGCGAGUGGAAGACGUCCGGCCGAUUUUCUGGGCCUCUCGGCCAAAGAGUUACAUCUACCGGACUCAAGAAUGGGAUGAGUUUCCCAACGGCCGGUGGGGCAACUCAUCCUCUCCUGCAUUUGGGGACCUGAAGGACUAUUACCUGUUCUACUUGAAGAGCAAAUCUCCCCGGGACGAACUCCUGAAGAUGUGGGGGGAAGAGCUGACCAGCGAGGAGAGCGUCUUCGAGGUGUUCAGGUGUUACAUCGCCAGAGAACCCAACAAAAAUGGGCACAGGGUGACUUGUCUGCCGUGGAACGAUGACCCUCUGGCCGCUGAGACCAACCUAAUGAAGGAAGAGCUGGCCAAAGUGAACAGGUUGGGGAUUCUGACCAUCAACUCCCAGCCCAACAUCAACGGCAAGCCGUCCACUGACCCCAUUGUGGGCUGGGGGCCGGAAGGAGGCUACGUCUUCCAAAAGGCUUACUUGGAGUUCUUCACUUCCAGCGAGAACGUCAGAGCCCUCCAGACGGUGCUGAAGAAAUACGGUCAGCGAGUGAACUACCACAUUGUCAACGUCAAGGGAGAAAACAUCACCAAUGCCCACGACAUGCAGCCCAACGCCGUGACCUGGGGGAUCUUCCCAGGCAGGGAGAUCAUCCAGCCGACGGUUGUGGAUCCAGUGAGCUUCAUGUACUGGAAGGACGAGGCCUUCGCCCUGUGGAUCGAGCAGUGGGCCAAACUCUACGAAGAGGAGUCCCCUUCCCGCAUGAUCAUCCAGUACAUCCACGAUAACUACUACCUGGUCAACCUGGUGGACAACGAUUUCCCAUUGGAGAGCUGCCUCUGGCAGGUGCUGGAAGACAUGUACGAGCUGCUGAACGGUCUGGCAGAGCCGUGAAGGUGGCCCUUUUGCCCUCCUAGGUUUCAGCCGUGCUUGACCUCGGGACGCUGAGCCACAAGGCCUUGCGGUGGCACCGACACUCCUGUAGAAGUACCCCUUGGCUGCACUUUCCUGUCACUGGCAAGGUCGGUGGACACCCUUCGAGGGUGUUGGUUGUCCCUUCUGAGCCAAAAGACUGAAAAGUACCCUUAAACCUCUUGUUUUGGUUGUUACAAGCCCUACGGCCCUUUCAGGUAGCCUCAAUGAAAGCUGGAACCCCUAACAGUCCUCACUCUCUGGCUUUCCAUCCUUCCUAAUCCAGGUUGCACACCUUAAUAAUUUUCUGCUUCAGUGCGAAGCUUUCUGACUAGUUAUUAAAGUAAUUGGCGGCUCUCCGUCUGUAGUUUCACAAGUCCUUUUUGCCAGGGAAGUCUCGAGUGGCAAGACUUUGGGCAACAAGGAUCGGCCAUAGCCAGAGAAUUGGGGUAGGCUUGAUUAAACUAUUUAUUUUUAUUUGUAUUUUUUUUAAGAUGACAGGACAGUGAGAAUUUUCAUGGGUUUUUUCCCCCUCUUUGGAAAGGCGUUUGGAUAUGUGAGCACUUAUAAAAAGAAACCAGAAGCGGUGAAAACAAAAUACAAAUUAAAACAUUUCUAACUGUUCA